UCUUUAAUUGGUUGCCGCUUCGGCAACUUCCAAGUUGUGUAUAAGAGCCUAAUCAUUUUACAAUCGCUUCAGUCUUGACGCCGAUCCUCGAUCUCGUUUCUUGCAGCGGUCUAUCCUGCUUUCCCGCACCGUGUAUCCUGUCUUGCAUUGAGAAUCGACCACCGAUAUUCGGUCUCACGAUACAAAAAUGUCUCUCUCCAACCUCUCCCACGUGAUCUCCCACCUAAACAAUGUCACCAAGGCCCGCCUCGGUCUCACCUCGAUCCCCAACACCAAGCUACACCUGAAGCUCUGCCUUGCGCUGCAAAAUGACGGAUUCAUCUCUACCGUUGUUCGUGGCGGCCCGACUCCCCCCGCUCCGCAUGAGCUCCUUGGCCACCCCAGCUCACAGGACAUCGAACCUGUGACCCAAGCCAACGUCGCCACCAGACGCCUCUGGCUCGGAUUGAAGUACUGGCGCAGCGAGCCGGUUCUGGGCAAGAUGAAGAUGAUCAGCACGCCUAAACGGAGAGUGACCGCCAAGCUCCCGGAUCUCCGGCGCGUGGUCCAAGGCCACAACACUCCCUACCUCGAGGGCCUGCGGUCGCCGGGUGAGAGCUUAUACAUCUCGACGGAUAAGGGCAUCAUGGAGGCGAGAGAGUGCGUUGAAAAGAAGAGUGGCGGUCUGGUCCUGUGCCGGAUCAAGUAAGCUGGGAGGGUGAAGGAGAGCUUCCAUGUCUGAGAGUCGCUUGGGCUUUGCAUUUUUAAUCGGAGUUUGGCCAGUCGCAAUGUCUCCUCGCAUGCCGUGUAUGUUCAUAUUUUCUCAUUAUUUGCGACUGCUGGUUGGAUACCUUGUAUAGUAACAUAACUCAUUUCCUUUGAUGCAUUAUCUAUAUUGCUCGGUCGAGCUUCUCUUUAUGGGUCGCAUCGUGACCACUGCAGGCGAUCGAAGUCUGGACUGAGGUGCCUGCUGGUCAGCAGGCACUGUAAG